AUGCUGAAGUUUUUAACCAAAGUGAACGACGAGAACAGUACGACCAAACAACAGCAACAACAACAACAACAACAACAACAACAACAACAACAACAACAACAACAACAACAACAACAACAACAACAAAAUUGUGGUUCUGGGGUUGCUAUUAUAAUCUACAUGCUGUUUUUUAUUUUAGUUUCAUCAACACUUCCAGUGUAUCCCGUGUGUUGUGCUCAUUAG